ACAACUCGUUUCAACUUCAAAGCAUCACAGACUGGAAGCUUUCAACUCCACUGAAAAACCUGGGAGAUGGACAAUUUUUCCUUCUCUCUCAUUUGAAAGGUUUUAAAGAAGACAUAAAAUGGCAGAGGUUUAAAGUUAAUAUUCAGGAUGAAUGAUGAUAAUUCAGAUGACAAGACAGAAGAUGAACUGCAACCCUUAUUUAUCAGUGAUAAAAAUGGACAUACACACGCAUACGACCAAAGAUCACCACGGAACUCUCCAGCUGACAGUGGGCCCUGGCUUCCUGCCACCCCAGAUGACAUGGUGGUGGACUAUGAGACCAACUCUCCUGGGGACACUGGUGAAAGUAUUUCUUUAAACCUUCAGUGUGAUGAAAUACUUAAACACCAAACGAUGUCUUCAAGUGGUGUAAUUACCAAGGAGGUGUUAGAUAUGCACAAAGAUUGCCCACAUCAGCCUUCUGCACAUGUUGUACAUACAGGGGAGCCCCACAGGUUCCUGUGUGACAGUUGUCAUUCCCUAGUGUCAUUUCAGAGCCAGAGUGUUGAGACAUCUUUGCCUUUUGUGUGGAAAUCCAACAGUGACGAUUUGCACUCUACAGACUACUCCUCGGCCUUGGAGCUGAACCAAACAUUGGACAUGAAAGUGGAUAACAUCAACUGCCCCUUCAUAAAACAUGAUGCCGUUGGAAAGAGUCAGUCUUUGCAUACCACUGGAAGUUUGCAGCCAACCGGCAUGAGAAUUAGAAAUGCAUCUUUAUCCUGUUGCGUUCAUACAUCUUCCCAUUCUGAUAAGAUAGAUGUGAAGGAAAUAAGUUAUGAUAGAGACACCUUUGGAAAUCCUCAAGCCACAGCAUCUGAGGCCCAAAACACAACUUACCCUGUGUUUUCUGAUGUGGUCAUGCAAGCUGCUGAUGUUCCAGAUACUGGUAAUCGGUGUCAGUAUUUUUCUGGAAAGGUCCCCAGUGAGUAUGCAGAUGGUUUACAGCAAAGACUGGUUGGAGAAAAAGAGAUACACGCUCCAACACCAGUUUUUCAGGGCAUGGAUGUUCCCAGUGGGUCUGUAUUACAAGAGUUCUUUUGUUUAUCUAAAGAUGAACCAAACAGUGAGACACAUUCACAGAGCUCAUACAGGCAAAAGGAAAUGGGCCACAAUCUUAGAGAAACAGUGUCCAAUUGUCUUAGAGAUGAUGAAUGUCCUUUACUGGUGCCAGCUUUUGAUAACAGUAAAGCCCAAGUGCUGAACCCAGAACAUGAAGUCACUGUGGCUGAAGACACAGAAAUUGCCUCCAAUGGAAAGGACUUAGGAACCCCAGAUCGUACCGUGGAAUUGCUACUGAGUAGCCCAGGGCAAAAGAUGGCUUCAUCGGUUGACCUGAGUUGGGAUGCAAAUGAUAUGGUUAUUAGCACAAAUGACACAGUUUGCAUGUCCACACCAGUCCUGGAACCCACAAACGCAACCUUCUCUGUUUCACCUAUCAAAGUGACAGAGAGAUGUGGUGCAAUGGGGAGGGCUAAUCGAGAGCUUACCAACUCACCAGACUUGAAGGGGGCACCUAUGAACAUGCCUAAACCCAAUCUAGGAAAAUCAGCAGACAAACCAAAUUCCCCUCUAGGUAGCAAAGUAAGAAAAACCGAAAUUAUAAGUUACCCAAGACCAAACUUCAAGAAUGUCAAAGCAAAGGUUAUGUCUAGACCGGUGUUGCAGUCCAGAGAGCCUGCUGUAUCAAAAGCGGUGGCCAGACCUCAGCUAAGCAGUGCCUCCUCACCCUCAGUAUCUUCCUCAAGACCCUUGACAGUUUUGAACAAAACACCAAGAUCUGACUUGAAUGCAGACACAAAACCAGAAAUCCUAAUUAACAAGAUGCAUAAGCAGCAAUUUAAUAAACUCAUUACUAGCCAGGCUGUGCGUGUUACAACUCAUUCUAAAAAUGCUUCGUACAAGGUUCCAAGAACAACAUCUGCCAUGAAAUCGAAUCAGGAAGAUGUUGACAAAGCCAGUGUGCCUAAUUCAGCAUGUGAGACUGGGUCUGAGGCUGUGCUUUUCCAGAAGGUCAAAGACAUAGUCCCUGUUGAAAUGGAAAGCACGGAAUGUUCGGAAAUGACGUAUGCUUCCAGCAUCGACAGGAUUAGCCCUGAAAAGAAGGGUGAAAAAGAAAAUGGAAUACCUAUGGAAAAACAAGAGCUAAAAAAGGAAAUUAUGAACGAGACCUUUGAAUAUGGGUCCCUGUUUUUGGGUUCUGCUUCAAGACCCGCAGCCAGCGUGGGGAGGAGCGCCUCCAAGCCUGACUCCUCCAGCCUGAGGAAAACGCCUGGUCCGAAAGCCCGAGCGGGGCCUUCUGUUUCCUGUUUGAGAUGGAACAGUGACAGUAGAAACCUCAGUUCUGAUCAAGCCUUGUCUUCUCAGAGGAUCAGGCGUGUGUCCAGUUCCG